AUGCUUACACAGGCGAUCGAAAAGGGACUUAUGACCGAUAUGGGUGGCGGACUCGAGUAUCCCCUGGACCGAAGCGGUUUGCCAGAUUUCAAAAACCAUGAUAAUCCACUUUUACGCGAAUUUGAGGAGAAGCAAGCAAGGAGUUGGAAGGUGGUCGACGAAGCUGAGCCACAGGAUUUCACUGAAUUGAGACCUGUCUUCAAUCUUGGAGUCGGAUUCGUGCCAAAAGAGGCUCAUUCAGUUGUCCCGGAUAUUCUCAGAUAUUCUCCAGACUAUUGGAACCCUGUAGCAGAUGGAGAUCAUUUCCCGGAUUUCGAUACCAAUCAAGGAAUGAGAGGUCAAGGAACAUCCAACUAUGUCCCAUGUGAUUUUUGGGAUAUCCCGAACGGAGACGAUUUGGCUUUGCAUUCAAUGAGUGCACAUCAUUCAGACGAUCAUUUGGGAUACACACGUUUUGAUGACCUCACCCCAAAGGACCGGAAAAUGAGCAAGAAACAGUCAGCUGAAAAAAGACCAAGAAAGGGCCGGCAGAAGAAAGUGGAUGGGAAGGCAGCUAAGAAAUCCAAGAAAUCGAAAAAUGUGAUUUUUCUUGUGUUUCAAUGUAAGUGUCCGUCCAACACUGUCCUCAGUUUCUUUCUUCUUGGUAAUGUUUGUUUUAUUCAUCUAGACUCAUUUCUUGGUCUCAGUUCUUGA